GGACUGUCAUGCAUAAUGAGUUCUACCUGCCAUGGAUGGAUUGUCUGUGACUAGGUGAUGUGGACCAAAAGCUGUCAUUCUGUGGAGGAGUGCUAUAAUUUACCUGUUCAGUCGCAGUAAACUGCACCAUGGAUAGCGAAGCCCUUUCUCGUCGUACUCUGUGUACUCUUCGCGGAGAGUGAAUGUGGAUGAGGAUGUUGUUUACAAAAAGCAGCCAGCCGUCAGUCAAUGAUGCUCGGUCUCCCGAGAUAUAAUUUUGCAUCUUAUCUUUAAUGACACGCUUCUAUGAAGAGGGCAAUGUCAUCGUCAGCAGACCGGCGUGGAUUUGUUGUUGUCUGAUUUCACUUCUUGUCCCCUGCAAUUCGACUUCACACCGUUUAUGUAACUGAAAGGGGGGCAACUUUAAAAUCCCUCCCCCUGCUCCUGCUUGGUCCUCUAUACCAUGAGCUCUGGCUCCGCCCAGGAUGUGGCGGUGGAGAAUUUCCUGCGUGACAUAGAGAGGCGGGGCCAGUGGCUGCACUGUGCUGUUAUUGGCUGUGAGGAGGAGCAUCCCUGUGGUGACAUGAACCUGCUGUACCGCAAAAGUCGACUAGACUGGAGACACAGAGAUCAGGAGGGCAAGAAAAGCUCCAAUUAUAAAGAUGCCUCCUCUGCAACUGUUGGGAAGGUUCGAGAUCUGACGUCAUUUAGGCGUCAUUUCCGAAUGGGGUUUAUGACGAUGCCGGCAUCUCAGGACUUGUCACCCCACACUUGUGCGGCCGCCAUGGCCCCACGCUCCCAGUCCUGCCACGCUGUGAGCACUGGUGAGGGAGAGGAACUGGAAAAUGGCUAUUAUCAGGACUCAGACCCUCAAAACCAAUCAAAUUCAUCCCGCUGCCCCCCAGCCAAGCCGAAACGCCACCCCAAUACUUGUCUCAGCUCCACACCUCAGCAAGAGCAUCCUUUCCGUGGGGUCCAUGCACCACCUGACACUCCGCCACCUCCACCACCUAAUCACCUACCCAAACACCAAGAGAAGCGGAAUGCAAUGAAGAAAUCAGAUUCAGGUGAAAUGUCAGGACGGAAAGUUCCUCCCUUAAAGCCCAAACGGAGUCCAAGCACACAGCUCUCCUUUGACCCCCCACCCCCCCGGGUCCAGAACCCAACCACACCCCUUCCCUUCCAGAGCUCUGAGCCUUCUCCACGGGGCGAAGGGGGAGAUGAUGAGCCUGUUUACAUUGAGAUGGUGGGCCAGGUGUUUACCAGAGAGACUCACAAUACUCCCACUCCUCACCCCCUCACACCCUCUGCCACCACGCCCGACUCGGACUCUGACCAGGGAGAGGCCAUCUAUGAAGAGAUGAAGUAUCCACUAACAGACGACGCAGCUCGAGAAGCUCACCACCGCUUGCCUCUCAAACACGAGCGUAUUAAGUCCUCCAAAGCUUACCACUCUAUGAUUUCAUCUGCCUCUUCCUCCAUCUCCUCCUCACUCCCACGCCCCUCAUCCUCCUCUCCAGCCUGCUCCUCCUCCAAGCCUAAAGCAACUGUCUCCAUCUCUCACUCCUCUCCUCUUCCUUCAUCCUGUUCUUCUGCAUCCUCCACUCCCGUACCUCAACCCCUCUCCUCCUCACCUCACCCUCCCCGUGCCCCCACACCUUUUCUGUUGCCAGGAGCCAAGCCUGAACACGAGUCCAGCUCCAGUAAGAUUCCAGCACCCUUCCCUAACUUGCUUCAGCACAAGCCCCCUCUUCUGGCAUUUCCCCAGCCAGCAGCUGCCUCCAGUGGGGUUGGGGCUCAGCACAAGUCCAGCUCAACCAAGAUCAGCAUGCAAUCAGGCUCCAGCCUGCCAGUGUCGACCAGCAACCCCUCUGGCACUAGCUCCACCAGUACUUCCAAAGAGUCCUCUGGAGUCGAGAAGGAAAGGGAGAAGGAGAGGAGGGAAGGACAGCUGGGACCAGCACCAGGACUCAGAGCCCGCAGUCAUUCCACUCCUCUUCCUCCAUCAUCGAAAUCAUCCUCUCCAUAUUCCCACCACCACCACCAUCAUCAUCACCCACACCACCGGCCUUCCCACUAUCAUCAUUACCGCAAGCCUGAGAAAGAGACCUCGCCAGCAGGCAAAGGGUCAGGACAGGCUCAGUCCUCCACACAGAUGCAAACCCAGUCUAAGGAGGGCAAGUCAGUCAGCUUCCUGCUCAAGUCCGAGAAAACUGAGCGAGACAGGGAUAGGGAAAGAGACAGAGAGCGGGACAGAGAGAGGGAUCGUGAUCGAGAGCGAGACCUGAGCACACCAUUGUCCAGCCAGUCGGAUACCCUCUCCUCAAACACAUAUACACACACUUCUCAAACUGGUACUAGCACUACGCCAACCCCGAGUCUACCACAAUCAUCAACAGCAGCCAAAGCACCAUGCUCUUCUUCCUCUUCUUCUACUCAGCGUCCCCCAUCUCGUUCUCAUAUGCAACGUUCACACACACCCCACUUGUCUCAUGGCCUUCCUGCUUACAAACCUCCCCCCGCCGACAGCCCCCUGCUCUGGACCUACCCUUCUGCUGGUUUCCGCCGGCCGCCCGCCUACGACAGCCUGCGUGGGGGCUCGCAGUUGCCAUCCUUGCGCACAGACCCGACAAAAACUGGAUGUGCAACCCAGGCAUUGCAGGCCAAGGCUGGGUUCAUUCCAUGGGAGAAUGCAGCCGGAUUGGAGCUCACCAAUGAACAAGAUUACUGGCCCAUGCACAGAAAAUUAUCAUUCAGUCAUGGGAGCCGAGACACAGAUAAGGAAGAUGGAAGCGUGUGGAAUGGCAGUACUGAUGCUCUGUUGAGGAGAGACAGGGAUGAAAUAGGAGCAGCUAUGCGGGGUGGAGGACACUCCGGGAUACCUGUGCGGGCAACAGGGAGACACAGCGAGAGCUUGGCAGGGGCGGACGGACCCCCAGGGUUGAGAGGACUGAUACGAGCAGGGCUGCCCUUACCCUGCCAAACGUUCCCAGCAUGCCGCAACGGAGAGUUGGGUCGCCUUGGCAGGUCGUCCUCCACAUCUGGAGUGAAGCAUGUCAGGGGUGAUGUUCAAAGACAGAGCAGUCUGCUGGCCCGAGAAGCACUCAACCAGUUCCAUGCACACUCACAGGUUCAGUCUCAGGCUCCCUGCAGUCCGUCACUGACCCGGCAACAGCAGCACCAGCAGCAGAUUCAGCUUCAGUUCCAGCAGCUGGCUCAGCUUGCCGCACAGGCCCAGGCUCCCAUCAACGCAGGCUCAACCUCCACAGCCCCAACCCAGCGUGAUGGCAAGCUCCUGGAGGUGAUCGAGAGAAAGCGCUGCCUGUGUAAGGAGAUUAAGGCUCAUCGCAGGCCGGAUAAGAGCUUAUGUAAGCAGGACAGUAUGCCUAUUUUACCCAGCUGGAGGAGAACACCGGAGCCACGCAAGACUGGAACACCACCCUGCCAGAGGCCGCAGGCUGUAGUGUGGGACACGGCCAUCUGACCAAGAGAGAGGAUGAAGGAGGUGGGGAGAAAGAAAGACAUAAAAAUGACUGAGAGAGAUACAGUGAAUAAAAAGAUUCAGAGAAGUGGCCUUUGAAUGAAGAGAUUAUAAAACGAAUGGAAGGAUGAUAGAGAAGAUAAAGCAAAGGAGAGGGGAAAAUAACAAGUAGUGCUGGAUAAUAGCAUGAUUUAGAUUGAAUCUCUCUGUAGAAGCUGGAGAGACAUCGUUCACACAGUGUUCAUGUGCCAGACAGCUGCAGCAGCCUAAACACACACACUUUAAAAACACACACUGGAGAGCCACUUCAGUUUGAGCUCUCUCUGACCUGUUGCGAAUUUAACCUGUGCUGCUGAGUUUACAACCUUUUUGAAACACACUGGAAACCUUUGGAGCACCAUGACAUUUGUACUUUGAAAAGGAAUUAAGUGUAAAAAACAAAGAGACACUGAAAGAUCAUAGUGGAGGUUUCUUCAUAUCAUAAACUGUCUUUGAUUUUGUUUUUUACUGACCAGACUCACUCAAUUAUGCUGCUGUUUUCUGGGCACCCACUAGACUGAUGUUUUUUUACAUUCCAGAAGAGUGUCAGAAUAUGUGCGUGCGUGCGUGCGUGUGUGGUGAACUUCGUAGAUGUAUAUUUGCAUUAGAGGUUUGUGAGGUUGGAUGCAGACCAGAGGUGAGAGGAAAUGAUAGAGAGGGCAAAAUGGCAAUCUUACAAGGGAAAAAGUCAAUAAAACACACAAACUUCAAACACUCUUGAUUACACACAUAUACACAUUUUCAAACACAGUAAUGGCUGAUGAAGGGCCAUAUGGUGCUGUUGUAGUUUGUACUGUAGAAGAGUGAUCAUUUGAUACAUUUGUCUAGUUACUGCCUAUUGAUUGAGUGCCAAUUUGCUGAGUGUGGUGAUGCAUAAAUCUGCAUAUCUGGAAGAUUGAAGAAAGCAGUUCAGCAGAAUUUCUGACUUUUGUAGCAAUAUUUGUUAAAACAGGAGACUGAUCAUCGCAUUAGUCCCAGUCCAACACACUCAAAAUCGAAAUAAAGAAAAAAAACAAUAACCAGUUACAUCAAAGAUAGAAAUUAAUUGCAUUAUUUCACAAUCUUAAAAUAAUUACUUGAUGAAAACAUGAUGUAAACAACAACCAAUAAGAUCACAGGAAGAGCUUCAUUUGAGGAAUAGUUCACUCAAAAAUAAAAAUUGUCAUAAUCUACUCACCCUCAUGUUGUUCCAAACCCGUAUGACUUUAUUUCUUAUGUGGAACACAAAAGGACAUGUUUUAAAGAAUAUCUCAGUCAUCUUUUCAAUAUGUUGGCAGUUCAUAGUGCCUCAAUUUACAAAAGCACCCAAAAGUAUCAUAAAAAUAUGCGACUCUUGCGUCAUAUUCCCUGUCUUCUGAAGGCAUAUUCGUUUACAGUGGCACGAAUGAAGUCAGAAUCUGAUUACAAUCAUUUAAAAUGUCAUUUGUUACACUACUUUUUGACUAAAAAAGUAAAAAUGUACUUUAUAAUCGGAUUACACCCAAUGCUGCUCAUAGCACUCCUGAGUGUGCAACAGACGUCAAGAUUUUCACACAAAAAAUUACUUACAUUUCAGUUUUUUCACCAAAACCGAUCGUUUGACCUUAGAAGACUAGGAAUAUUAUGCACAAGUUGCAUGGUCUACUUUUAUGAUAUUUUUGUGUCCUUUCUAAGUGAGGUACUGUACACUAGGGCUGAGCGAUAUGGCAAAAAAACGUUUAAAUAUACUCAACUAAAAAAUAACUCCAACAUGAUCCAAAUAACAUGUUCUUUAUUAGAAUGCAAGGCAAACUGGUUAAAGAAAUCAAAGUUCUUUUCAUUAUAGGUGUGCAAAAUUGUUUUACAAAAGAAUUGCACCACACAGGAAAUUGUCAGCAUAGUGUAAAUGUAAAACUAAUUAAAAUCUAAUAAACCCAGAUGUUGAGAAAUAAUAGUGUAAAAUUAGAAAACUGCAAAAUACAUCUUAGCCAAUGUAGGUAUUAAUUUUUAUCUAAACCAAGUCUAUCUAGAAAGUUAUCUAGAAAUCAGUAUCUAGAAAUUAAGUUUAUCUAAAAUGUACUCAUUGUAUAUCAAACAUUUUGUAUGUAUAAUCAUAAACCGCUGCCGAUAGAGGCCAGUGCACAUGGCACCCUCUAGCGGUACACACUGAGCAGUGCAGCAAUAUGAAAUGAUUUAUCAUUGCAAUUCAACUCGCAAAGUUUGUCAAAAUGAUCGCUUGGCAAAUGCUGGCUAUAGAUACAGUACACUUGGAACAAAGCAAUAAUUAGCAGUCUAUCUGAAUCAUCAUGGUAAAAGAAGGAGUGGUGGAUGUUUGAUUCUCUCAUUUAUAGCCUAUCCAUAUGUUUUGAUAUGAAGCGCCCGCAACCGUAACUCUUUAUUAUGGGUUUUUAAAGAAAAGAAAGGAGACCGUUCAUCAACAUGUGCAGAACGCCGAGGCCAGUUAUGGUCUAAGGCCAGUGUAUACAUUCAUGAUGGACGAAGUUGAGCUACAAUCAUACUGGAAACAUUACAGUGUCUUUUAUAUCAGUCUCCAUGUUGUUAACCUGUUAUGUUUAUUUGGAAAGCACACACGUGUAGCUGUUCAGAUCGGGAGUGGCAUCAAACCAAGUGCUAUGAAAUUUUUUUAUCUUCCUUAUUCAGCCUUUGGAGGAUUUACAAUGUAUCUAAAUAAACUGCGUGCCCAAUUAUUAGGCAAAUUGUAUUCCUCAGGAUUAAUUAUUUUGUUGAACAAACACAAUACUCUCAGUCAAUCCAAAAUACUAUUGAACCUCGUACCUGAAUGUUUAACAAAGGAAAAGUGAGUUUUGUCUUUCUCAGGGGAAUAUAUAAGUGUGCACAAUUAUUAGGCAACUAUUAGUGUGCACAAUUAUUAGGCAACAAAUUACAAAAAUAAUUUCUCCCAACUCAAUUGUUUGUUCUCAAUUUUUAGAGUAGGUGCAACAAAUAAGUAACACAAAAUGACAUUUAAAUAACAUUUUUGGCUUUUCAAAAAUAUUCAGUGACCAACCUUUCUUUUCAAUAACUGCCAUGAGCCUUCCAUCCAUGGAGUCUGUCAGUUUCUUGAUCUGUUCACGAUCAACUUUCGCUGAAGCAGCAACCACAGCCUCCCAAAUGCUGUCCAAAGAGGUGUAUUGUCUGCCCUCACUGUAAAUCUCAUGUUUGAGAAGGGCCCACAAGUUCUCAGUAGGAUUUAAGUCAGGUGAGGAAGGGGGCCAAGUCAUUAUUUGGGCAUCUUUGAGGCCCUUGCUGGCUAGCCAAGCAGUGGAGUACUUGGAUGCAUGUGAUGGAGCAUUGUCCUGCAUAAAGAUCAUGGCCUUCUUGAAUGCUGAGGAUUUCUUCCUGUACCACUGCUUGAAGAAAGUACUUUCAGAAACUGGCAGUAGGUUUGAGAGUUGAGUUUCAGUCCAUCUUCAACUCAAAAAGGUCCAACUACCUCAUCCUUAAUGAUAGCAGCCCAUACCAGUACCCCUCCUCCACCUAGCUGGCACCUGACUUGAAGUGGUGCCCUGUGUCCAUCAGUGAUCCAGCCACGGGCCCAUCCAUCUGGUCCAUCAAGAGUCACUCUCAUUUCAUCUGUCCAUAAAACCUUUGAAAAAUCUGUCUUCAUGUAUUUCUUUGCCCAAUCUUGACGCUUCAACUUGUGAAUAUAUUUAGUGGUAGUCAUUUUUCAGCCUUCUUGACCUUGGCCAUGUCUCUGAGCACUUGGCACCUUGUACUUCUGGACACUCCAGGUAGGUUGCAGUUCUGGAAUAUGGUAGUAUUGGAGGAUAAUGGAUUCCUGGUAGCUUCAUGUUUAAUUCUUCUCAAGUCUUUUGCAGUUAAUUUGCGCCUUUUCUACUCCAUACGUUUUUUGCGCCCCGGUUGACUAUUCGCAAAAAAACAUUUGAUUGUCCGGUGGUCACGCCUCAAUAGUUUAGCUAUUUCAAGAGUGUUGCAUCCGUCUGAAAGGCAUUUUACAAUAUUUGACUUUUCAGUGUCAGUUAAAUCUCUUUUUUGGCCCAUUUUACCUGAGGUAAUGAAGCUGCCUAAUAAAUAUGCACACCUUGAUAUAAGGUGUUAGUCACUUUCGCCACACCCUCCCUCAUUACACAAAUACAUACCACCUGAAAAUGACUGAAUCCAAUAAGCAUUCAUGUUUAUAUGGUUUGGAGUUGGAAAAUGUGCAUGGACGUAAUGAUAAGAUCAGAAUACUUACUUGCCUAAUAAUUGGGCACGCAGUGUAUAGUUAUUGCUUAAAAAAUAAAAAUCGUGUCAAAACGUAAAUUCGGAUUAAUUGAAAAAUCGCCUUGCCCUACUAUACACUGCCAUUGUAUUGAAAAGACGGACUGUGAUAUUCAUUAAAACAUCUCCUUUUGUGUUCCAAAUAAGAAAGAAAGUCAUAUGGGUUUGGAACGACAUGAGGUUGAGUAAAUCUGGGUGAAUUAUUCCUUUAAAAAACAGUUAAAAAUGUAUGGACCAAUGUAUGUACGGGCUGCUUUAACACAAGGUGUCAAUGCACUUCUGUUCAGCUAAAAACAGCCAGACUACCACAAUUUUGUAUCUGUUUACAUUAAAUCUGUCUCAGAAUGAUCGUACCCUAACCCAUGUCCAUGAGCUAACGUCCAACUGUCAGUCUUUCUCAGUCUGUUUGGCAGCAUAGUCCAAGUCUAAUGUGUCAAUCACCUGGGGAUGCUAUGGGGUUAGGCUUGAGAAUGGGGAGGGUAUCCAUAUCAAUAACAUCACAUAUAUGAAAGGUCUUUGUCAGUCACAUCAUACUACAAUCAGAGCAGUCUAGUCACCCCGUUUCUUAGAGAGAGAAAAAAAUUAAACUCACACAUCCAUCUACACAAACAUGCACACUGACAGUGCACUGCUGGGAAAUGAACAUGCAGCAGUGCUCCUCAAAUAAAUGCUGGAACUUUCCGCACAAAAGAAAGCAAAUCACACAACAUGCUCUCAAGAUUAAAACAAGGAAAUAAAAUACACAAGUGUUAAAAUUAACUGUAAUUGUACAAAAGUACAACUGUAUUGAUUAUGUAGCAAUUAUUUCCACUUUCAUACUUGUAAUGAAUAAAUAUAUUGUAGCAUAUAAUGUAUAAAAGUACAACGUGUAAUUGUUUUAUAAAGAAAUUUAGUAGUUUUAUCUGUGGCUACCUGUCUGCACUGUACUGAAUGGACCGCUGAAAGGCGAGCCCUCUCUACUAAAGGCUCAGUCUUAGACACACACCGACGUUUUUUUUUUCCAGCUAGUGUUGUGCAAGUCCCUUUAAGCAACUUAAGUCUGAUUGCAUUCAUACCCUCACAAACACACUCUCCUGUUUCUGUACAGAUCCACCCAGCUCAAUGGAAUAUCAUUUAGAUAUUUUUGUAGUACUUCUGCUGCUAUAUUGAAUUACUGUUGUUGCUUACAUAUCCCACACUGCUGUUAUUUAAUUUAUUUUGUUUAUUCUUUUGAGAACUAUUUAUUUUCCUCACGAUAUCAUGUAGGAUGGAGUUUCGGGGAAUAGAUCCUUCUGUAACUGGCAAUUGAAUGUUUCUCAGUUGUUGUUGUGGUUGUAUUUCAAAGUUGUUGUUAUUUUAAGAAUAGUUAGCAACACCAACCUGUACAGUUCUCACUCUGGCAACACCACUGAAAUAUGUGAAGGCAAUGUUGCAAGGGUUUGACCUGUUGUCACCUCGACACCAGGGUUUUCAUAGUAACACUUCACCACCCAGGUGGCCAUUUAAAAUACAGUGUUUAUCAAACAGUACAGAGGACCACAGUAGAGAAGGGCCAGUGCAAUGCAUGCUGAGAGUCCUUGAAGGAUUUUCUUAAACAUUCAGUAAGGUUGGGCUGCGUCCCAGUCUAUAAAAAUUGUGCCCAGUUUGUACUUCAGAUAUACUUAAUAAUCAUCUAGUGGCAAUUUAUUAAGAUGAAAAGGGUAACUUAAGUAUUAUUGGGUAAACUAGUUUACAGAAACUGUCGGCUUUGCGUGUCUACAUAAACGUUGGCCAUAUUAUGAGUGCCAUAAUAUAUUGGUAUGGUAAGAUACGGUGUACCUUGGAAAUCACUGUAGUGCUAUAUUUGCAUUGAUAUCGUCAUAAAAUAAAUUUUAUAUGAUGAACAGA